AUGGCUGCUCAACUGGCCUCCUUCGUGGGAAAGCGUAUUCUGAAAGAGAAUGUGGCAAACAAAUUUGGACAAGAGGAUCCAUAUUUCGAACAAGUCCCUGCGUCCCGCCUUGGCCGAGCAUUUGGCCAAAAGACACGAAAACAGCGAAAGGCUAUCCCCCCUGGGCUGUCUCCGAAUGACGCCAAAGUCCUCAACCGUGUCAAGCGUCGUGCAUACCGGCUCGAUUAUGCUCUUUUUAACAUGUGUGGUAUUCGAUUUGGUUGGGGGGCCGUCAUCGGGUUCAUUCCUUUCGUCGGCGACGGUCUAGACGCUGCGUUGGCAAUGAUGGUGCUAAGAGAGUGUGACAAGGUCGAUGGCGGACUUCCCAAUAGUCUACGUUCACAAAUGUUGUUGAACGUAGUGAUUGACUUUUUCAUUGGUCUGGUUCCCUUUAUCGGUGAUGUCGCGGACGCCAUUUACAAGUGCAAUACUCGCAAUGCCGUACUCCUGGAGAGACACUUGCGCAAAAAAGCAAAUAGAGCAAACAAGGCGCGCGCACAGAAGGGACACCUCGCGGGAGAUGAUCAGCACCCCGUUGAUCUUAGUCUUCCGGAAGAAUUUGACAGAUAUGAGGAAGGCACAUUGCCAGAUUCACCUGGCUACACAGAAGACCCAGCGUCAGGGCAGGUCCCUUCAGGAAACAAUGUUGGGGUUCGUGGUCCAGCUGAGUCCCAGUCCUCGCAUGGACCUCAAUCUACUCGUCGUGAUAAUGGUAGGUUCAGUGGGCGCAAACAGAAGCCAAGAGACCUCGAAAGCGGACUUGGGCGUGAUCAUUGA